GAGCAGAAAGCUAAAGCCAAAUCUGCAACACCACCUAGUGAUGAACGUGAAGAUGAAGUGUCUAUAACUCCACCUCAUCCUAUUGCCAAAAGAAGUCGCCGUGGUGCAGUUAGUGCUGAGGUUUACAAAGAGGAAGAUGCAGCUCAAUAUGUUAAAAAGGUUGUUCCUAAAGACUACAAAACAAUGGCUGCACUGUCCAAAGCUAUUUCAAAAAAUGUCCUGUUUUCCCACUUAGAUGACGCAGAAAGGAGUGAUAUUUUCGAUGCCAUGUUUCCAGUACACAGACACGCAGGGGAGAUAAUCAUUCAGCAAGGUGAUGAAGGAGACAACUUUUAUGUCAUAGAUCAAGGUGAAGUAGAU